AUGACUGCGCCGGGGGAGAGAGCCCAGCCACUCCAACCCAGCCACUCACCCCGCAGAAUUAAGUAUGAGCCGCUCAGCACUCGGACUGUCUACAAACCGUGGCUGUGUUCCCAGUAUUUUGAAACCACGCAAUUUCACUGCAGUAAGAAAAUACCUUGCAAGCAAUACUGUGAGGAAGUGCAAAGGAGGUGUCCGUUUAUAUUGCCAGACAAUGACGAUCUAAUCUAUGGAGGGAGUCCAAGUUUUAUUUGUACAGGGCUUUUAGAAAACCAUUCGACUGAUGCAGAACCAGAGUGCUGUGACGUCAGAUGGGACUUUAGACCAGAUAACCAAUCCAAAGGGACAAUAAAGACGAACGGCUCAAUGGUGUGUCAUCAUAGGACAUCGCUUGCAACUUCUGCAGCAUCCAGACUGUGCAACAGCAGGCUUAAACUGUGCUUUCUAGUCCUAAUUCUCUUACACACAGUAGUGACAGUGACUGCAGCACAGAACUCUACAGGGCUAGCUUUUGAAGGGAUUUCUACUCUGGAGGAUAACUCGACCAACGAAGAGUAACAGAGGCAUGCAUAAAAUCCCUAGAUUGGCACUUUGGCAGCCCAUUGCUACCAGCAACAAUGGCUUAGCCUCUGAAUCACAUCUGCAAAGCCUUGUGGGUACAUUUCAAAAUGGAGUGGGCCCAAAUCAACACAAAAAGGACUCACACACACACACACACACACACACACA